GUAUGAACCUUCUACUAUUUUCUGCCUUGAUCUUGGCUACUUCAGCCGCCCAUCUUCUCCCAAAGAAGUCUGUUGCAAUUGAUAAGAACUCGGUUCUUGUGCUGUUCGGAACUCGUCACGGAAACCGUCAUCCAGAAGUUUUUCUCCAAGAGAAUCCAAGAAGCUGGGGACAUGAGGGAAAUACUGAAUUGACUUCAUUCGGAAAGCGUCAAGGACUUGGAUUGGGAAAGGAAUUGAGAAGCUUUAUUGGAAAUUUGAUCUCUCGUAACUACAACUCAUCUCAAGUUAAAUAUUACUCCAGUUCUGCCAACAGAUGCCAAAUGACUCUUCAGACUGUCACUGCUGCUCUCCACGAUCCAGAACAAUGGGGGGAUUGGGAUAAGAAAUGGUACGAUCAUUGGUCUCCAGUCCCAUAUGCCAUUGAUGAUCCACUUCUUAGAAUGUACGCUGUUAAGGAAUGCAAAGGAAAUGAUAAGGUCUGGGGCCCAAUCGACAAGGAUUCCCUUCCAUUCCUCAAGAAGCUCAAGACAAGCAACGCAGCUGAGCUCAAAUACUUCUCUGACAACACCAAAUGGAACAUGGAGAAUCUGGGAAAAGCUGCUGAUUUGGCCGAUAAUCUCAUUGAAAUUGAUCUCUACAAGGCUGAAUAUCCAUCAUGGAUUAAGGCUCCAAAGUUGAAAGGAUACACUUUCGAGAAGCUGAAGGCUAAGAUUCUGGAAUUUGCUGAAGUUCAUCAGAACGCUUGUGCAGAGUACGGACCAUGCGGAAACUUGAUGGCUGGAUAUUGGCUUCAGAAUUUGAUUGAUAAGGUUGCUGAUGCUAACGCUGGAAAGGGACCACAAGUUAUUGGAUACGCUUCUCACACCGAAAUCACUCUUUCCGUCAUGAAAUUGAUGGGAUACGUGAAGGAUGAACUGACCACCUCCGCUGGAUUCGUAGUUGAAUUUAAACGUCUUCCAAAACCAGCUGUCCGUCUUCUCAACCAUGAUCCUAACCCAAUCGAUGAUCAUGUCAUCUAUCCAGCUGAACUUACUCCAAAACUUAAGAAAUUGGCUGACAAGGAUGGAUUCAUUCCAUUGGAACAAUUCUUCGCCUAUGCAAAACAAUUCUCCUUCUCCGAUUGGAAGUCUCAAUGCGACAAGGCUUAGAUUCUUUGCAUGAAUUUAUAAUAAUCGUUUGAUUCGCUUCGUAUGUACUAAUGUAGUUACUUUUUAAUAAAUAAUUCGAAAGU